UGUGAGUACUUUUUGUCUGCAGAGUCGAUUUCUCACCUUCAGAGAGAGGAAAUGCAAAUGAGAGCAAACAUUUCCGAAGAAGAAGAGGGGGAGAAGGAGGGAAAAUGACGCUGCAGUCGUGUUUCACAUAUCACAGUGCCGAGCGUAUGGGAUGCCACCUUGUGCUCAUCUCCGUUAUAAUGAUCAACACGUACCACAGUAGCGUGGCGUCGCCACCGCCGCCGCUGCCCCCUCGCCAGUCUCAGUUGUUCAUCCAGCCUCAGGCUCCAUCUGCAAGCCACAGCAAGAAUCUGUUCCGCUCUCUUCUGGCAGUCGUAGUGCUGCAUUUUCUGCUCACUCUGGGGGGAUUCGCCUUCCUGUACUACACAGGCAGAAUGGAAAAGCCAUUAUCUGAAGCUUCAAGUUCCUCCAGAGCGUUGGCCCGCAUGAUCGUGGCGAAGCGAAUCAGGAAUCAGGAAUCACCAUCAGGUUACCUUCAGUGGGACAUGAAGCACUCGGUUCGAAGCAACGUCAACUACUACCACAGCAGCUGGCUGACCGUCCUGCAGCCCGGGGACUACUUGGUCUUCUCCAGGGUGAGCUUCUCCAAGGCCGACCCGAAGAGGCCCCUGGCCAGCGCAGUCAAGCUGAAACGCGGCGCGUCGUCCAAGGAGACGGUGGCCAUGCAAGCCUACUGCAGCCUCAACGGCUCGGUGUCCAUCCCCCGGCUGUGUACCGCCUCCUUGGUAGAGGUGAUGACACUAGAGACGGGGAACCAGCUCAGCUUGUGGGUUCAGGACCUGUCACUGGUGGACUACAGCGAGACCGCCACCAGCUUUGGGAUGUACAAACUUUGACAGUGUGGACCAGAUCACAAAAGUAUUAAUUUAUUUGAAAACGUUUUUUUGUUUGUUUUUUCCCCCCCCGCAGACCACUGAGAAUGAUUCUUUUGUGUUUAUGUUUCAUCUCUAAGUAGGGCUGCUGGGGAAACUAUUGUGCUCAAGGGCCCUGUUUCAAUUUUAAAACUGACAUCAAGUGCGGAAAAAAAAGAAACCAUUAAAUUUGAAUGUAUGUAAAA